AUGGCUUCUCGAUCUCCGACUCUGCGUCCCUCCACAGAACCAUAUGGCGCUGAUGUGGAAAAAGAUGCCCGGCCCCUUGACAGUGCUCACAAUCAAGAUGCAGACCGUCCCAACCUGACCUUAAAUGGCGAGAAGCGGCGUCGCUCUUCGCUGGGCUCAGCAUUCCGGGGCCAAAGUGUCGAUAUGGAGACAGAUCCCUUUGGAGACGAAGAAGGUGAUGGCGUCAAGUAUCGCACUUUAAAGUGGUGGCAGUGUAGUAUGAUUAUGAUUGCCGAGACUAUUUCCUUGGGCAUUCUUUCAUUGCCAUCUGUUUUGGCCACAAUCGGGAUGGCCCCAGGAGGAAUCUUGAUCAUCUGUCUGGGUAUCAUUGCAACCUAUUCUGGUUAUGUCAUCGGCCAGUUCAAGAAGGCUCAUCCAUGGGUUCACAAUAUGGCUGAUGCUGGAUAUGUCUUGUUCAAGCCAUGUGGCCCUCGAUGUGCGGCGGUGAUGCGUGAAGUCUUUGGUGCUGCUCAAACCAUCUUCCUCAUCUUCAGCAUGGCAAGUCACAUCUUGACAUGGACAAUCUGCCUCAACACUCUUACCAAUGGGGCUACAUGCACGAUUGUCUGGGGCAUUGUUGGGCUGGUUGUUUUCUGGAUUUGCGAUAUCCCACGGACCCUAUUGAAGGUCUCUUGGCUCUCGUGCGUGAGCUUCCUCUCCAUUACCACUGCAGUGAUUGUGUGCAUGGCUGGAGUCGGUUCUAGGAAUCCUGCUCACGGAAACUUUCAAGCCACGCAGUCAACCUCAUUUGUCACAGCUUUUCUCAGUGUCACAAACAUUGUAUUCGCUUAUGCUGGACAUGUCGCCUUCUUCAGCUUCAUCUCCGAGAUGCGAGACCCCAAUGACUUCCCAAAGGCGCUGGUACUGUUACAAGUCACCGACACGACCAUGUACUUCCUCGUCGCCAUGGUGAUAUAUGCAUACGGCGGAGAUGACGUCGAUUCACCCGCCCUAGGCAGUGCUGGCACUGUCCUUGGAAAAAUUGCAUGGGGUCUGGCCAUUCCUACCAUCAUUGUUGCUGGAGUGAUCUAUGGCCAUGUCGCUUCGAAGUACAUAUACGUCCGAUUGUUCCGCGGAACCAGGCAUAUGUCUAAACGGACAUUACUGUCUGUAGGAAGUUGGCUUGCCAUCACUCUGACCGUGUGGGUGAUCGCAUGGAUUAUUGCAGAGUCAAUUCCCAACUUCAACGAUCUGCUCGCAUUGAUUUCGAGUUUGUUUGCGGCGUGGUUCACCUAUGGUAUUUCUGGCAUUUUCUGGCUCUUCUUGAACUGGGGACAAUAUACAAAGAACUGGAAAAAGAUAUCUCUCACCUUGGUCAAUCUGUUUUUGUUUGGUAUGGGUGCCGCUAUCUGUGGAAUGGGGUUAUAUGCCAGUGGCUAUGCUAUUCACAAUGAGCCAGGGGGGAGUAGCUGGACUUGUGCAAGCAACGCGCAGUGA